AUGCAGUUAGGACAGCUUUCGGGGAUCUCGAGCUCCGGCGGGGCGCCGGCGGAGGAGGACGAGGAGAUGUCGAGAUCCGCGCUGGCUACUUUCAUGGCCAAGGAGGAGGAGAUCGAGAAGAAGAAGAUGGAGGUCAAGGAGAGAGUCCAAGCUCAGCUGGGUCGAAUCGAGGAGGAAACUAAGCGACUGGCCACGAUUCGCGGGGAACUGGAAGCACUUGCAGACCCGAUGAAGAAAGAAGUCUAUGUUGUUAGUAAGAAAAUCGAUGCCAUUAACAAGGAGUUGAAGCCGCUCGGGCAGACUUGCAAGAAGAAGGAACGAGAGUACAACGAAGCACUUGAAGCUUUCAAUGCAAAGAACAAAGAGAAAGUUCAACUAAUUACUAGAUUGAUGGAGCUGGUGAGCGAAAGUGAGAGGUUGAGGCUGGGGAAAUUGGAAGAGCUGAGCAAGAACUUAGAGCCGAAGAGCAUAACUUAA